AUGUCGACAGGAGUUGAGGCGCAUUGCUCACCAAGACGCUGGCCCAUAGGUGGACGGCCCAGGGAUACAUACGGGCAGAGUCCGUUGAGGUCGUGGUACGCGGAUACAUUGGAUCAGUCACGGACGGCCAUAUCUCCGCUAAGCCCGGUGCAGACUCGCAGCCCUGUCACGCAUACGUGCCCGGAGGGCUUCACGCCGCGACGCACCUCUCCUGUUGUGGGUACCCGUGCUUCCCACCUCUCUGGAAUUGGGCCGAUGUCCCCCCGCUACGCCGUUGUCGCCCGUCGGCGAUACCAAGUGAUGACAUCGGACUAUCCCGUCCACCCACAAGCAGCAUCUACGCGAGUGGCGACGACUCAUGCCAGGGUGUUCUCUUCCACGCUUAUUCGUUGUGGUGCGGCGGCGUCUCCUGCACGUUGUGCAGUAACCAAUACAGCUUUAUCCACGACAGUACCACACACGAUGCAUCAGUCUCCGCUACACGACGUUGUUGCCGCGUCACAUCCCGUGUCGGCUCGCCAGCAAUGUCUGCAGCAACCACAACAGCACAAACCAGCCGAAUGGCAGCAACCCCUACGACACGCCACCGCUGGACAAAAGUUGCGAGGAACUCGAAGGGACGAUGAUUCUGUUGUGGCAAGAAGCGAAGAUGUUCCAAACAUGGAUGAUGUGAUUUAUGUACCAGUGAAUACAUUGAACCAAAAACCGCGUGCAAACAAUGGAGUAAACGGGAGGAUUGUGCACCAAAUGAGGCAUACCCAAGCAGAGGAUGUCUCACGGCAUGCUUCGAUGGCAGCGGAACGCGUUCCGCAGCAAGUUACGCAAAGGGUUGUGACUCCCUCAGCCAACCGGGCACCGCGAGCGAGCUUGCGCGGCUCCUUGUAUGCGUCACCGACAAUGGAUAACAGUUUGCGCGGGAGUUCACAACGCAGUGACUUGAAUAUUACGCUUAACCGAGAGUUACCCAUUCACGAAAGCUUGUGUAUUCCUGCGCACCGCAAAGCGACGUCUGCAGUGACCGCGAAUUGUAUGUAUUCAUCUCUGUCUUCAACAACUGUGCAUAGAUGUCUUAAUGGCAGCUCUGCUUCAAAGGUGUUAUCUCAGCCAAUAACGGCUCCGGGAAGCACCACACCAGGCACAACGCCUGUGCAAAGUGACGAAUCCAGCCGCAGCAGCACAGGCACAUUGAAUCUGUCUCAUCGUCAUUCACGAAUAACUUCUUUCGUUCGAGAUGGACACUUCUCUUUUGUUUCCGCUCGGCCUCUUCUUCAACAGUUUGUGCAGCGCUGGCGUAAUCACUACGAGGAAAACAAGAAUGCAUACUGCGAGGGCGGGUACAUGACCGUCACACCAGGCAAAAAGUUAAACUCUCGCUACGUGGUGGUCCAAAAGUUGGGUUGGGGUGAAUUUAGUACGGUGUGGCUCACGUACGACACAAUGCACAAAACACUUGGCAAACCGCACCAGGCAUUUGUGGCGCUAAAAAUUGCCAAAUGCGAUAACACAGUCUCGUGGAGUACGCAGUACGAGAUCAAUUUACUCCGCUACAUUGGGGAACGAGCGUCGCCCACGGUCUCACUCACUAACCUCGUAGACUACUUUGAGGUGCCCGGCCAGUAUGGGUCGCAUGUAUGCAUGGUCAUGCCAUUGCAUGGCUCGAAUCUUCUCAGCAUCAUUGAUCAGAUGAAGGCGAAAAAGCGACAGCGGUCACCGCAGGAGAUUUGUUUGAUCAAGGAAGUUGUCGCUUCAAUUCUUUUAGGUCUUGAGGAACUGGAUGGGUUGGAUAUCAUUCAUACAGACAUCAAACCGGAAAAUGUCCUUUGCUCUUCACCAGAUCUGAAAGUGAUGGACGUGAUUGAAACCUUUUGCCGACGUAACAAGGAGCGCUCCUCCAUGGUGCCGUAUGAAACAGUGCGAGAAGCUAUCGCACGCGGGGAUCCAAAUCAUCUUGUGUAUAUUGCGGAUUUUGGUCUCUCCGUGGCCCUGAAACCACCCACCGAGGGAGCUGCAUUACAUGAGUCGAGUAACUCCCAGUCAUUGUUGAAAAGUCUGAUUGGGCAGAAGCGAGAGUUCCCUGUGGAGAAGUCGGGUACAGUGACAAAUCUACGGGGGACAAUGAUUCAAACUCGUGAGUAUCGUGCCCCGGAGAUUAUAAUUGGUCUAGACUUUAACACACGUACCGACUUAUGGAGUGUCGGAUGCAUGGUGUUUGAGCUAAUCACGGGGGACUUUUUGAUGGAUCCCAAGCGUCGCACAAAGAACGAGCGGAUGAUGGACGUUGAACAUCUGGUAAUGAUGAUGCAACUCCUGGGGCCUGUCCCGGAGGAUAUCAUUCGUCUUCGCACACAACGAGAUCCUAAGCGUCCCCCACCGAGGUAUAUUCAUCGCUACUUUAAUGAGAGUGGUCGGUUUAUUUACGCCGACAGGUAUCGCCUUUACCCACGUCGACACUUAGACAGGGAAUUGGAGGCGUUUCUGCCCACAGAUGAGGCCAAGCGCGCUGCGGAUUUCAUCAUGCGUUGUUUGUCAUCGUAUGACCCGGUAUUGCGCCCCUCCGCGCAUGACAUGUUCACCCAUGAGUGGCUGUCGGAGGUCAUGGGCCAGCGGAAGCACUGA